AUGAUAACUAAUGUUUUCAUUAUAGUAGAGCAGAGUUUAGUUGCUUUAUUCACCUUGAUAAUGCUAGCCAAAUAUGCUCAUGUAUUCUAUAAAUUCAAAUUAUUCAAUCUUUAGCCGAACUCUGGAUAUUUUGUGAGGUUUAUUACUUUCAUUGGUUGGUAUAUUGGAUUUGCUAUGAUAGCAUUACUUCCAAUGGAUAUGCUUUUUGUUGAAGAAUAAGAAGCAACUAAAACUACUCUAGAAAACAUGUGGACAAUCUACUAUUUCACAUCAUUUAGUAUGUGCUGGAUUGUGUUCCCUUAUCUCUGCGAGUAUGUGAGUGUGGGUGAGUUUACAGUAACAUCUUAAAAUUCAAAUGACUUUAGUAAUAAUUUCUUGGGAUUCGUGAUUGCCUUAUCAAAUGCUUGGGGUCUUUUCCAAAUCAUUAUAUUUCUUGGGUAUGGUAUUGUCACUGUUCCUCAAGCAUGUUUCAAACAUACAGGAGUUGAAAAGCUAUACAAAUAUCAGAUGUUCAAAAUAAGUUAUUAUGAGACAAACUAUGAAAGAUCUUAAGUCCACAUGGAACAAUUAAUUAGAGAUACUCUAACUUUGAAGAAUUGCAUGAGAUCAAAUGAUCAAAAUCAUUUUUAUUUAAAGAUUGUACUAAGUAAUUGCCCUGAAGAGGCUUUAACUUAUGUGGUACCGUAUGAUAGUAGAGAAUAAAUCUAGCUAGAUUACAUAAGAGGAGAUUAUGAAUCUCUCGUUUAACUGAACAAGGAUUGUAAAUGGGCUGCUCUUGAUCUUGUGAGGAAAGAAGUGUAAUAUGAAUAAGAACUUGAAAAUGCCUUUUAUUAUGAAGACCUCUAUAGAAAUUAGUAAACUUCAGCAGACUAUAGAAUCUAUUCGAGAUUAUUUAAAUUAAGACAGGGCAAGUUUGGGAGAUGCAGAGAUAAGACUUAUUUUAUUUGGAACAUCAUUAUCAUGCCAAAGCUCUAUAACAUCAUUGGACUUAUUGCAAUAGCUCUUUCACUCCAAAUCCUGGCUGGAGAGAUGAUUAUUUUAUUGGAACUCAAGUACUCAUUACUCAGUUUGAUCCCAUAAACAACUAUCGGCCAGAUAAUCUCUAACGUUUACUCGCUAAUUUUAUUGUUCUACCUUACUUUCUGCAUUUACUAUGGUUGCUUUAAUGUUAAGUUCUGCAGCUUCUAUGAAUUACAUCCAAGAAACUAAACUGACUCUUUCUCUUUACUUUACUCUGCGUUUUUACUCACCAGACUUGCCUCCUCUCUUUGUAUCAAUUUCCUCAAGAUCAUACAUUUUGAGGGCACCAUAUUCGCUAAUGUCAUUGGAGCCAUGGAUCCUAUUCCAUUAAUUGGCAAAGAAUUUUAGAACUUCUUUCCCAUUACUCUUCUUGUGCUAUGUAUUUUUAACUACUUCAAUGUUUGGAGUAAAUUUAUGUACUUCAUUGGAUUGGAUGAAUAUACAUUCUCAGAAGUAUACAACGAAGACUUAGUGCCAGAUGGAGAGUUACUCUCGAAAAUAGGUAAUAAUACUCUUCAAAUUUAAUGA